GUCGAAUAUAAAAUAAUGCAUGGCCACUUGGCCUCCUGUGCGCCUCAAACGAUAAUUUACUGGACAAUCUGCUGCUUACAAUUUUCAACAAUCCAUUUCGUAGGAACUUUUCAACAAAUUUUAGACGUUUUAAAGCGUUACAUAUCAAAAGAUGGAAGAGUCAACGAUUAGCAACUGUGGAAAUGAGAAAGCUGAUGACCACACAUCAGAAUCUCAAAAUGAAGCUUCAGUUGACACCACCGAAUAUCCAGCAAAGUUCAAGUUGAUCAUGAUCGUGGUGGCUCUUAUGUUGAGCAUGUUUCUGGCAUCUCUGGACAUGACGAUUCUCUCUACCGCAAUUCCACGAAUCACGAGUGACUUUAACUCACUCGGUGAUAUAGGAUGGUAUGCGUCCACCUUCUUCCUGGCCGUGGCGUCAUUCCAAUCCACCUGGGGCAAAACAUACAAAUACUUCCCUCUCAAACCCGUGUUCCUCAUUAGUAUUGGAAUAUUCGAACUUGGGAGCCUGAUAUGUGGGGUGUCCCCAAAUAGUGUGACGUUAAUUGUUGGCCGAGCUAUCACAGGGUUGGGCGCAGCUGGCAUUCUCAGUGGCUGCUACACGAUAAUCGCAUUUUCUGUGCCUCCAAUGAUGCGGCCGGCAUUACUGGUAUCAUGGCGAUGGUGCUUCUACAUCAAUCUCCCGAUCGGCGGCAUCUCCGCAGCAAUCAUCCUUCUCUUCUUCAAAACACCAAAGGGGGGAAUCACGGCGAAUGACACUGGCCUUCGCGAGAAAAUACUUCAGAUGGACCUCUUCGGCGCAGGCCUGAUCAUGGCAGCAGUUAUCUGCUACAUCCUGGCUGUACAGGAUGGUGGAGUAACAAGACCUUGGAAUUCAUCAGUGGUGAUUGGACUACUCGUUGGCUUUGUACUCAUCACGAUUACCUUCGGCAUUGUCGAAUACUUUCAGAAGGAUCGAGCUCUCCUUCUACCACGGCUUAUGGAAGACCGCACAAUGCUGGUUUGCUGCGCUUUUACUGCAUUGCUUGGCGGAUCAUUUUUUGUCCUGCUAUACUACCUCCCUCUAUACUUUCAAUCCGUUCAAGGUGUCUCGGCGUCAGAGAGUGGUGUUCGAAACUUGCCUCUUAUCCUUUCUAUGACCCUUUUAAUAAUUGUUUCCGGUGGUUUUCUCACUGCAUUUGGCCACUUCACUCCAUUCUUGAUACUGGGUGCUGUCAUUACAUCCGUGGGUGGGGGACUGCUUUACACUCUCGACAUUGGAUCUCCAUCUUCUCACUGGAUCGGAUACCAGAUUCUUGCCGGCAUCGGACUUGGGAUUUGUUUCCAGACCCCAAUUAUGGUCGGACAGGCGCUUGCGGAAGCUGAGGACGUUGCAACUGUUACAGCAAUACUCAUGUUUGUUCAAACGAUUGGCGGUGCACUGCUCAUCUCCGCUGCACAGGCCGCUUUUGUUAAUACAUUCGUUUCACAGAUAAAGUUGAAUUCUCCUGGCAUAAAUCCUGCUCUUGUUAUGGCAGCAGGAGCUACAGGGCUGUUGGUAUCGUAUAUGGCUGCUCUUAGAGUUGCAUAUGCAAUUUCUAUUGCUACUGGUGGAGCUGCAGCGCUGGUUGCGCUAUUUGCUCCCUGGACGAGCAUCAAGGGCAAAGUCAAGAUAGGAGUUGCUUGACUUAAGAUGUUGACAUUAGAUUCGAGAGAAGGAGUUAAUAGCAGAAGGAAAACUUAUGUACUGCUUGGGCAAUGGAAAUUGAAGCCUCUGGUUCUGAUCUUAGUGGGGAAGACGGGAGAUUGUACUAAAAUCUGCUGCUUAUAUAGUGGAGUUCCGUUGCGAUAGAGACAUAGAUGAAUCUGGGACAAAUCGCAGCCGCUUCAGAAUUGGC